CUUCCGCUUUAUACACCGUUUCUCUUCGGUGUACCAAUUCAUCCGAUCUGCCAUCUCUCUCUACUCAGCCAGACGGUCGCACGCUAUAUUGCUCUCUUCGUUUCCGAUCUCCCUUCCUCUUAGGUCGGGCGCAGUCUACACCACGUCGUUCGUCUAAUAUGUUGAGCAGCGAAUAGAUCAAGCUCAGAGGGUGUUUUUGAGGUUCGUUCUUUAUCUUUUCUUUCAUUUUCCGAUUUUGUGCUUUACACUGUAUGAACUUAAGCGUUUUUACUCACAUUUUCUGCAUUCCGAAACAUUUUAUGGGCAAAGCUAUCUUUCUUCCAUUCACAUCUAGAUAAAUGGGGAUUGCAUUUGCUUUGUUUGUUGUUUUUCUGUGCAAUAGUAUUCCUUUUUUAUUUGAUUCAAACUGUUAUUUGUCUGUUAUUUCUCUUAUAAGGAUGUGAUUUAUAUUGGUAUGCAUAUUAUGUAACAUGGGAAAUCUUUAUAAAAAAGUAUAUGCGUGUCAUAUUUUAAAAGCUAUACACUAAACGAUAUGUACAUAUUCUAAACUAUAGAUCCAUUCACACUUUGUAUCCUCAAUUUCGAGUUUUGUUGUUUAAAAAUUGUUUCACCUUGCUUUUUUGAUUCAAAGUAUUUCUUUUUUUAUGACUGAUGUCAGGAUACAGACACAUGUAUCCUGAAUUUGGGGCUUAAUUCUUCAAGAAAAAUUUCAGCAUGUACUGUUUUUAGGAGAAACCUAGUAGAAUAGUAGCAACAAGGAAAGAUGGUUGCACAGAAGAUCGAAACUGGUCACAAUGACAUUGUUCACGAUGUGUCAAUGGAUUACUAUGGGAAACGGUUGGCGACAGCUUCAUCGGAUGGCACGAUCAAAAUAAUUGGCGUGAGCAACAACUCCACCUCACAACACCUUGCCACCCUUACUGGUCACCACGGUCCAGUUUGGCAGGUUUCAUGGGCCCACCCCAAAUUUGGGUCCUUCCUCGCUUCUUGCUCCUAUGACGGUAAAGUCAUCAUAUGGAAGGAAGGCAAUCCGAACGAGUGGGUGCAGGCUCACCUUUUCAGUGAUCACAAGUCCUCUGUUAAUUCCAUUUCAUGGGCCCCUCAUGAACUUGGGCUUUGUUUGGCCUGCGGAUCUUCUGAUGGAAACAUAUCGGUUUACACGGCCAGAUCAGAUGGAGGAUGGGAUGCCACAAGAAUAGACCAGGCCCACCCUGUCGGGGUUACUUCGGUCUCUUGGGCUCCUUCGAUGGCCCCAGGCGCUUUGGUAGGGUCUGGAGCGCUCGAUCCCGUCCAGAAGCUCGCAUCCGGCGGAUGUGAUAACACCGUGAAGGUUUGGAAGCUAUAUAACGGUGUUUGGAAGAUGGAUUGCUUCCCUGCUCUUAAGAAGCAUGAUAACUGGGUGAGAGACGUUGCGUGGGCCCCCAAUUUGGGACUUCCGAAAUCAACGAUCGCUAGUGCUUCGGAGGAUGGUAAGGUUGUGAUAUGGACCAUGGGCAAAGAAGGAGAUCAGUGGGAGGGUAAGGUGUUGAAUGAUUUUAAGAAUCCUGUUUGGAGGGUGUCUUGGUCUUUGACAGGGAACUUGCUGGCUGUUGCAUCUGGUGAUAACAGUGUCACAUUAUGGAACGAAGCAGUCGACGGGGAGUGGCAAAGGGUCACAACAGAUGACCAGUAAGGCUUUUGCAGUUUGUUGUUUGGUUGGGUUAUGUCUCUGUUUCAAUAGAUUUUCACCGGAUUUGAGUUGGAAUACUCUUUUUUUGUUUAUUGGUUAAAAGUUGUCCUUUGUUUUUUUUGUUAAUGUUGGGACUAGGGAUGCCUGUUUUACCCACUACAGGGGUUGAAGAAAUUUGGAUGUAUUCAUACUCUUUGCCUUGUUUUAUACUACGUAUAAAAUCUUAUGACUCAAGUUCAGGGUGUUUUGUAAUUGCUUAAUUACAAACAUGCACGCUCACUAACAAGGAAAUUUGCAAAUGG